AUGGAAACUUCUGUUGAUGAGUUAAAAAAGAAGUGGCGAGGACUAAGAGACACUUUCGGGAAAGAACUCAAAAAAAACAACAAUAAAAAAUCUGGUCAAACAACUGCUACAGAACCUGAAUCUAAAUGGCCUUAUUUUAAGCUUUUGUUGUUUCUUGAAAAUUCGAUGUCUCGAAGGGAUCUUAAAAGUAGCGUACCAAGUACAAGUGAGAUUUCUGAUGGGGAGGAUCAAGAUAGUGCAAAUGCAAGUUCAUGUUCCGAGUAUCUUCCGCCUUCGCCAUCCUCCGGUCGAUAUUUGAAACCAAAUAGCGAAUUAACUCCAAAGAAAAUAUUUAAAUCUCCAAAAAAAAAAGACAAAAGACGUCAGCCAGAUGAAAUCGAUACGAGACUAUUGCAGAUUGAAGAGGAAAAGUUAAAAUGCUUUCGAGAAAGUACAAACGAUCCUGAUGCCCAGUUUCUGAUGAGCCUCUUACCAUUUUUAAAGGAUAUCCCUAAACAUCGUAAAUUAAUAGUACGAGCAAAAUUACAGCAAGUUUUUAUAGAUGAACCGCAGAUGACA